UCACUAUCGCCUACCGCCUGCCACCCCGCGAACUCCGCUGCCGCACAACAGUACCUAUCAAAAUGGCGUUUUCGUGCUCGUCCUUCUUACCGUUCGUACGCCGUUGUCCCGUCGUCGUGACGGUAGCGUAAACGCAGUAAACACACACUAUAUAUUGAAUCCAUACGGCGUCACUGCCGACCAUUGUCGUUGUAUCACGAACGCAACACUACAAUAACGAACGCGAGCGCAUCGCAGAUAAAAGUGCCCUGCAACACGUACUUUACAAUAUAUUAAGGAAGCCAACAAAUUUUUACAUAAAACGCCUCGUUCUCGUCUCAUAACAAUUGUAUUCUUAAAUUCAUAUAAACAUGAGGAAUACAGGAAAUCUUUUAAAAUGGACCCAAAACUCCAACAACAAAUCAGCUAAAGGAGGAGGAGAAAAUCGAAAUUGGAUUCAUCCUCCUGAAGCUUUACAAAAAGGUCAUAUUGCAUACAUCGUUAAGUUUCUGGGAAAUGUCGAUGUAGACCAACCAAAAGGUUUUAAAGUGAUCAAAGAAUCUAUCCAAAAAUUAAAAUUUAAUCAACAAGUCCGAAAAGCUGAAGGUUCUAAAGUACCAAAAGUUGAGCUUACAAUAAGUGUUGAAGGCGUUGCGCUUCAAGAUCCAAAAACAAAAGUAAUAAUGCAUCAAUAUCCGUUACACAGAAUUUCUUACUGUGCUGACGAUAAGGUGGACAAACAAUUUUUCAGUUUUAUUGUAAAAGACUCAAAUGAAUCUGAACGACACACUUGUUUUGUAUUUAUGAGCGACAAGUUAGCUGAAGAGAUUACUCUUAGCAUUGGACAAGCUUUUGAUCUUGCAUACAAGUGGCCCAGCAAGCCGACGAACAAGCCGACUUUCAGAGCUCGGCAGUUGGAUGUUUCAAAACCUCUGCCGAUCUAUAUGUCUGAUGAUUUGCCUGACCUGCACGAGUGUAUGGAAUUAAAACGCGCUGUCCCCCAAAUGCCCAGUGGUAUGGAAAAAGAAGAAGAAUCUGAACAUCAUUUACAACGUGCCAUGGUAGCUGGGAGUGUUAUACCCACACCUGAAGUAGCUAGAUUAGUAAAUGAUGAUUUAAAAUGGCAUGAUCAAACAUACCCCCCAAACUGUCACCCUCCAAAACAACUCAUACACAUAACUCCAUUCACAAUGGAACAAGAUGUUCCAGAAUAUGAUUAUGACUCUGAAGACUUAGAUUGGCUAAAUACAACUGGUAGAUCAAAUAGUAUAACAGCUGAUAAACUUGAAGAACUUGUUGAUAAAUGGGAAAAACAUAGCACUUACAAUAUUAUUGAUUUAUCUGAUGCCAAGUCACUUACCAAAGAUGACGAAGAUACUGUAUUAUUGAUUUAUGAUUAUUGGUUGAGGAAAAGAGUACGUUUAGGUCACACUUUAUCUCCUGCUGUACGCACUGAACCUAUAGCAGGUGCUCCUCCUAAUGAUUCAUAUGUAGCAUUUAGAAAAAGACGUGAUAAAAUACAAACUAGGAAAAAUAGAAAAAAUGAUGAAGCAUCAUAUGAAAAAAUGUUAAGACUACGUAGAAACUUGGCUAGAGCAUUUGAUUUAGUUGCAUCAAUACAACAUAGAGAAGGACUUAAAAAACAAUUAGUUCAAUUAACUCUUGAUACAUACCAAAAACGAUAUGAAUUACGUGACUUUAAUGGAAAUAUUUACAAGGAUGUAGAAUUAGUAAAAACUGUACGACAUGCAUUUACACCUAUCUCAACUAAUCAUUAUAUGUCUGCUAUGUGGAAACAAGGCGAUAUGAAAAAAAGUUCUACAAGUACAAAAUACCAGGAUUCCAAAAGAGAAAAAAGACAUUAUAGAAAAAGGAAACAUAAGUCUUAUGAUGUGGAACAUUUAAGUUCUGAUGAAGAAUUAUAUUCUCCUCCACAUAAAGUUCAAAAUGUUGAUGAUAGUGGUGGUAGUAAAUGGUCUUUCCGCCGAAACAAGCAUUGCUCUUACUUGGCCCCUAUUAAUUCUCCUGAACCUGUAGACCCUACGUUUGGUUUUCAACCAGUUUAUAUACAAAAAAAUAGAAAUCAUAAAUCUUUGGGUUUAUGUAGGCCUCGGUAUGGUAGAGGUGGAAGGAUUGUUUUAGAUCGUUAUACAAAUGAUGAUGACAGAUGGGCAUCUUUAGAUUAUAAUAUAAUUGAACAAAAACAAUAUGAAAUGGUGGAAUUCAAACAUUAUUCAGAUAAUGAAAUGUCAGAUUACUUCAGCGAUGCAGACAUUGAUUGUCCAUUAAUGGAAAUUAAUAGUGAAAUACAGCGAGAUAAAACUAGGAUAGAAUUAAAUUGGGAUAGUUUUAAUCCGGAAAUAUUUCAAGGUGUUGCUGACAUUUGUAAGAUUGAAUAUGAUGAAAUUAAUAAAGAAAAGAAUGAACAAGGAGAGUCCAUUUUGGAACGAUGGGUUAAUCAAAAUCAGCCACACGCUAUUGAACCUACUUUGUCAUUGGGAUCAGAUUCUGAAGUUGUAGGAUGUUCACAAUUUAGAACAACUGAUUUAAGUGAACCUAGACGAUUAAGAUCUACUAAUUGUUUAUCGUUAAAAAGGCUAUUAAAAUGUGACACCGAUUCCCAUUAAAUUAAAUUAUAUAUUUAAGUCUUAGAUCAUAAUAUUUAUUUUUUUUAU